AUGACUCUCAAAGGCGAUGCCCCCUGGGCGCUCGGCGUCAUGUGGAUGCUAGCCGGCUUGGUGUUCUGCUUCCUGAUGCUGCGCCUCUACACCCGUAUCGUCUGUCUCGCCUCCUACGGCAUCGACGACCACGUCUAUCUCACAGCCUUCGUCUUCCUCAUCAUCUUCACCAUCUUCACAACGCUCUCGGGCCACUAUGGGUUCGGCCAGACGAUGGAGGAGAUCGGGAGUAUGGAUAUGGUGGUGAAAGCGACACUGUACGAAUGUAUCGGCCAAGGGUUUGCGAUUGUCGGCAUGGCCAUUGCGAAGGCUUCGCUGGGGUUCUUCUUGUUGCGUUUGGUAACGAUCCAGUGGCAUAAGUUUGCGAUUUGGUCUGCUAUGACGCUUGUCAUGUUGGCUUCCAUUGCCCAGGUCCUCUGCUUCUGGCUUUCUUGCGUGCCUCUCAACUUUGUUUACGACCGCCGGAUUCCGGGCGGUUACUGCCCCAUCGACACCCACCCGACCUCUUACAUUCUUUGCAUUUCUACGAUUCUCGUCGACACUUUCUUCGCUGUCUUCCCUUGGAUCAUCGUGUGGCCGCUCCAGAUGCCGCAGCGUGAAAAGUACACCAUUGCGGGUAGUAUGAGCUUGGGUUUGAUCGCCGCGGCUGCCGGUAUUAAACGCACCACUGAAGUCGAGGGUCUCUACACUCCCAACUACCUCAAGGACAGCGUCGGCCUAAUCGUCUGGUCCUCCGCCGAAAUGGCCAUCACCCUCAUCUGCAUCGGCAUCCCCGUCUGCCGACCCCUCUACAAGCGUGCCUUCCGCCGCAUGUUCGGCGAGUCCUCCUUCUCCGCCAACUACCCCAGCGGUAAGAAGUCCAACAACACAGGCGACAACAGCAAAUCGGGCGAGAGCAACAACAAGCGCAACUCCGUACCCCUCCGCACCAUCGGCGGCGGCCUGAUCGGCUCCGACGGCAAGCCCCUCCAGCGCGGCCACGUCCGUAACUCCCGCCACAUGACCGACGACGACACGGUGGUGGAUAUCGAGCGGGAUCUGCACCAGCAUGACAGCCGUGGUGGUGCGGGUAGCAGCUCGGAUGAUGUGAGCUUCACGGAUGUUAAGUUGGGUGUCAAUGGGCCGUUUACGACGACCACAGUGGGCGGCGGCAAUACUCUAGAAGUUGGCACCGGCAGGCGGGACAGUGCGGGUGGUCAUGGCCAUACAGGUGGGCAUGCGUCGGAUGAGGAAAUGCUGGAGGAAUACCGGAACCGUGGGGAUUUGGAGCAGGGGGGCGUGGGACAUAACGGCAUUAUGGUUACGGAAACGUAUAGGGUGGAGAGGUCGUGA